UAGACUUUUCCUUGUACGUAACAGUGAGGUUGCUCGUGUUACAAGUGCGAACGGAAGUAGAACAUAGUUAUCAAGAUUCUGAGGCUCUGAAGUGAGAACAUUAGCGAAGAUAACGUAGGCAGUAGAUGGUGUAAGGAUGGUAGGUGUGAGGGGCGGAGUGUGGAGCGAGGCUGUGUACCAGCAGUGAGCAGGGAGCAGUUGUGGCAGCAGCAGCAGGCAACACGGACAGUAUUCGUGAUGGUUGGUAGUCAAAAGGAUUCAUGCUUAGCUGGCUGAAAAGGAGAGCAAGAGUGACCAUCAACUCGCGCUACAUUAACCUCUUACGUCGCAACAUAUCGCCCGAGAUGUUCGUGGCGGAGCCCACUGUGCCCUGUGUCAGCCCCAGCCUCAAGCUGGUUGUUCUAAAUAGUGAAGGGCGGGAAUACUCAUUGGAUGUUCCCACAAAUAUGACGGUGGAAAGAGUGAAGAAGAUGGCUGUGUGCCACUUUUUUAGUCCUCGGGAAGCUGUGGGUGUUAGUUUAGGCGAGGAAAGAGCUGCUAUUGAUGGCUCAAAAGCUUCAACUGGAAUACGAACCUAUCGCUUAGUUCUAGUGCGUGAAGCUAGACCACUUGCUGAAACCAAUUCAGUCCAGCUGGAGCAGUUGAUAGAUAGUGAUGAACUGUUACUGGUAGAGAAGCGACUCCCUCCACCACCUCAAGAUGUAGCUGCACAAGAAGAAGAAGCACCAACUAAAGAGGACAUUGACACUGCCACGAUCCAUCUUACAAAACGAAAUGAUAAUCGUGACCCAGAUGCUGCACACCAUACUGUUGAUUUCCAAACAGAGUUUCGUCGAAUCUUGGUUACAAUGAUAGAGGCUUCAGUCCGUCUUAUUAGUGCUGAUCCUGAAUCAGACGAGGUAUUCAACCAAAUCCUUGACAAAUUGGAACGUCGUCAUCGCCCACGUGUUAACCUCACUUAUCUCCGACAACUUACUGAAAUGGGGUUCCCUGAAGCCAAAGCUACUAAAGCUUUGCAGGUUAAGAGAACUGUCAUGGAAGCAACAGAAUGGCUUUUAGGUCAAGGUAGCUUAGAAGAGGGUGCAAAUGAUUCUAUAAUUGGAGUCAACAGUGGAGGCAGUGCCGAAAGUAGAGAAAAUAUUGCCUCUGAUCUCUUGGUCUCCACCAACAAUAUAGUAAAUGACCAUUCUCAAGACCCUGCAGAGAGAGUUCUUAACACCUUUCUUCAGUACAGAAAGAAGUGGUUCCAGCCAAAUCCAGAGGCCCUAGAAAAACUGAUGCAAAUGGGAUUCAAGAAAGAAAAUGUUAUCAAUGCACUGCGUGUUAGUGGAAAUAAACAGAAUGUAGCAUGCGAGUUACUCCUGCGUGAAGAGCCUGUGGUUACAGAUGACCAGGGCCUCAAGCGUGAUUCUCCUAUCAUCUCUGCCAUUCUUGCUUCUCCUGUUAUACAGCUUGCUCUACCAAAACCGAAGACUCUAUUAGCUCUGAUGAUGUUGUAUGAGAGCCCUAAUAAUGCUAAUAUGUGGCUCAGUGAUCCUGAUACUCACCCAGUCGUGAGUCAGGUGCUCAGGAUCUAUCAUGCAGAGAAACAUAGUCUAAGCCAAAAUCGAUGUCCUACUUCCUCUGGUUCUACAGAGUCAGCAAUAUCCACAUCCUCCUGGUCGUCUUCAUCCUCGGACAAUAACAUUUGUCGAACCCCUGGGAGGCCUAGCCUGUCAACUAGAACGAAUUCUAACUCUUCUGUAAAUUCAUCUCUGUUUUCAGUACGCAAUGAUGGCCAAUCUCAUUCACAAUUGCCAAUGCCAGCAAAUUUGUACUCGCAUAUCUCUAUGCGAAAUGUUGGCAAUGGUGGCCUGCCAAGUGAUCAAACUCCAUCAUACACAGGCUGGCUCUCGAGUACCUCCUCAUCACCUCUUUCUCUGCAUAGAUCAUCACCCAGUUCUUCUCCAGUGCCAACACCACGAGUGAAUGCAUCUCCAAACUCUUCUCCAAUCCCAUCACAUCAUAUACGAUUAAACACAGAGGAGCCAAUGUCUCAUUCUGGUUCUCCAAUCAGAGGGACUCUUGGACUUCGUGUUGCUACAGAUAUUCCUAAUGGAGUUACCCGGGAAUUGGCAGGUCAAACCCCUGUUUAUGGCAUGUCCUUAGAUCAGUAUCAUCAUAGCACGUUACCAAGUACUGUUAGUCUUGAUGUAGAAAUGGAUGAACCUGGGACAGAUUCACAAGAAAUGGAAACAUAGAUUGACUUGUCAUAUAAUUAAAUUGAGAAAUUGAAAAUAAGAUAUACAGAACAACAUCAAGAUUUUCUCUAUGAAUAUAUGACCUGAUAAAACUUACUGUGUGAUAUACUGAAUAUUUAGUAAGACUUAGAGGUACAGUACUGUUGUGUUAAAUUAAUAUAAAGACCAAAGGUAGAAGGAAAAUUUAGAAACUUGUAAAUUUGGGUAAAAAACUUGGUAUUUGGCAAAACUAAGAAUAAUACAAAAUAAGAUUUAUGAACCUUAUAGUAUAAUUAAUUUAGUCACAUUGUAUAGGCAAAUAUCAUACUCUAUAGUGUGAAUGACAAAGUGUCAUCUUAAUGGACCAAGAAAACCCAAAGCCUAUGAUUAAAGUUGGAUUAUAGAUAUGACAUUGUUAAUGCAAGCCUGGAGACACUGUGUGAAGAAUGUGGUUUUAGCUAAGUUUUCUGCAACUUACAGUAUUUAAUUGCAUUUUAAUAAUAAAAGCUUGAAUUAAAUUUGGGAGAUUAGGUAAUUCAGGGUUACUAUUAGAUAUAGAUGACCACAUGCUUUCCGGAUGCCACUUAUCUGAAUGUCUGUUAUUCGUUUUGGGUUUGUCUUAAUAAAAAAAAGUUUGAUUAACUGGUGGGGCAGGCAAUAUGAAUAAAAAUGUGUGAUAAAGAUGGAACUAGUUUGCCCACUGACCAUAUACAACACCACUUUAGCAGUGUUCAUACACUAAUGGAUGGCUCAGAAGCUUUAAACUUUGCCAUGGCAUUAGGUACAUUAGAGUACACGGUGAAAGGCAGUCUGAUGAGGUUACCUAAUCACUAUUAAUCUCUACUUUAGUUAACCCAACACUAUCAGCACCCACCACCACCUUUUCUAUUUAAAUAACAAUGCUCCAUCAACUAUAAUCUUCAAGUUAACAAGCAGAUCGGAACUUCUCAUAUUGGUGAGUACUAACAAAAUACUGUUGAAUUUCUCAACAAAAUUAUACAUUUUUCCCCCUAGCUUUUCAGGAUGAUGAAUCGCUUACCCGGACACAAAAGAAUAUUCAUUCAGUCUCGGUUCUGAGGGGGUUCGGGUACCAUGUGGCUCUCUGUAUCAGAAAGCAAAUAUAUUGAUACAUUUCAAUAGUGAAUAUAUAUGUUGUACAGCAGUACAGUACUUCAUUACUGGAUUUAAAUUCAUAUAUUAAUAGAGAGAGAUAUCUACUUUAUAAUUUUGUUUGCUCGAGUUUUGUAGCAUAUUAACGUGGCCUCUUUAAUGUAACUACUACUUAAAAUUAACUCAAUUCACACAUGACUUCUACAUGACUUAAUUUAUAGUCAUACAGUCCUGAGUUACAGUAUCCUGGUACACAUUUAUUACUUAAGUUUUACAGUAAUUUUUAACCUUUUAUAUUAUCAGGUCUUAAAUAAUAUUUAGUUCAAUAGUUGACAAUGAUAAAUAUAGUGUACUGUAUAUCCAGAUAAUAUUGCAGGGUGAUAAAGCAUUAACAUUUUUAUUUUUUAUUUAUGACAUUUCUUUACCUCUUAAAGACUUGAGGUUAAAUUCCGAAUAAAUUUUUUUUAUGACGAUUUACUUAUGGUUGGCCAAGCUUUUCUGCUCAUACAGCAAAGCUUGACCCAAAAUUAAUGGGUCUGUUAAUGAUCACCAAAAUAACAAGGCAAUAUUUUGAGUAUGAAAGAUGAGAUUGUCAUCAAUUUAGCAAGAGAAAAAAUGUACAAAUGAUAUAAUACUCUAAGGAUUUUAUUGGCACUGAAAAUAUGGAAAGAUGUUUGUAAAAGUAUUACAUUUUAAGCUUAAACACAUUACACUGUUAAGUUUGUGCUUGUGAAGUACUAAUAUUACCCCUCGACCAUUGCCGGAAUUGUUAAACCAGUUUACUUUGUGCAUUAUAUAGGAUAGAUACACUGUAUGGAUCAUUUGACCUUAUAUAACAUUGUAUAUUGUCCACCUGUCUUGUCUUUAGAAGAAUCUACAAGCACAAGAAAUAUACAUUUAGAUUUGUGGUGUAGAUACUAAAAUACAUAAUUUUCAAAGCUCUUCAGAAAAGAGGUAAGAACGAAGGAAUGAAUGAUACUGAUGUUUGGCUUUUAGGACAUUUAGUUUAGGCAUCGAGAUAAGAAUGAGAGUGAAAGAUUAAAGGCGAAUUUUGAAAGUAACCGUUUUCUUAUAAUAGUCUCAAUUAGAAGAAAAGUACUUGACAAAUACAGAAUGUAUUUAAAAUAUUUAUUCUGGAGUACCAUUUUGACAUUAAAAUAAGCAAGACACUUUGUACUGGGUAUCUGCUUUGCAAGAUAAUUAAUUUUUUGAUGUGUUGCUUUAUAGCAGUUUGCAGUGUGUUAAAUUUUUCAAAUAUUAAUUUAAAACAAAACUGAGAAAAAAUGGGUGUUUUUCAGUGUUGUGUACUGUUAGGAUGUUUCAUGUUCCCAUGACCUAAUUGCUAGGUUUUUAAGCAAUUCGAUGUUUCAAGCUAAAAUCCAAGGUGUGAAAGACAGAGUACACCAGCAGUUCAGUGGUAUUUUAAAGCAUUAAAGUGUUGUCAGGCUGCAUGUUGUAUACUUACGCACUGUAGUUCCUUCGUGUUAUAGCUAGCCAAUGGGAAUUUUUGUUCCACAAGUUUUGAGCCUUAUUAUUUUUUAAGAGACAUCAUUUAGAUCAUUAUUAACUUAAUUUAGUACUUUUUAAAAAGAAUAAAUUUUAUUGAUGUCUAGUGUGUUUUUGUAUUAAUGAAUUUAUUUGCAGUAUGAUUUGAGAAUGCUAUAGAAUUUAUUUACGUUAUUUAUUUAAAAAAAAAUACCUUUGAAAUUUGUUAUACUGUAUAUAAUCACUUUACAUUUUCUUACCAAUAUUUGAAUUCAUAUGACACUAGUCUCUCACCCUGCCAUGCACCUGGUGCUGUAAUCAUUACCCUGUAAUAUUUUAUAUUGAAUGUAAUGCUUAAUAUUCUAAGGUUAAUGAAAUGUUACAAGUGAAGUGAA